UCCGCCAGCGGCAGCGCUACUCAGAGGUACUAGUCUUAAGCGUCGGGUUCGAGUGCCGUCAGCGCUUGCGUCUUGGUAGUGUUUAGGAACGUUGUUGGAGAGUGACAGGCAACACCUGCGUAUAAUCUGGGGAGAAAAAGAAAAAGGAGGUUUCCCGUAGUGAACUAAAUUAUCUGCAAGUGUGAAUUCAUGUCUGUUUAUUAUCAUCAAGUAUACUGCUCCGUGUUUGUGCCCUGCCGAGACAUGACCGAAGUGAUGAUCACCGGCACUGCCAUGGAGGACAUCCGCCUGAAUCCGAGCAAGGACCGGCUCUCCUACCAGAUCUUUCCGGACCCGUCAGACUUCGACCGCAGCUGCAAGCUGAAGGACAGGCUGCCGUCCAUCGUGGUGGAGCCGACGGAGGGCGAGGUGGAGAGCGGCGAGCUGCGCUGGCCCCCGGAGGAGUUCCUGGUCAGCGAGGUGGAGGAGGAAGAGGAGGAGGAGGGAGAGGAGGACCUCGAGGAGCAGAGUGGACAGCCGGGACCAGACUCGCAGCAUUAGGGGCACCAGGCGGGCCAGUGGGGGCAGGGGCGGGAACACACAUGCACAGACUUGCCAUGAUCACCGUCCGGAGGCACUAGUGGGCGGGACUUACUGCACAAGGCUAAACUGACACUUUGGAGAACGGCGACUCGCCCAGCGUCUCCAGGGACACAGCACAGCAUCGCUUUAAAGCUCUGCGUUAGGGUGCUGUCCAUGGGGCUCACAGGGGCCCUCACCAUUACCCCCCCCCCCCACACACACACGCACGCGCUCUGCCCCAUAAUCCCACGGCUACUGUGUCUCAUGACCACGGAUCGCCACCACCCUGCCCCUGCACCACCGGUGCAGUCACAUGACUGUCACAUGACUUCAGAGCAGCGGACUGGGCUGGACGUUCAGUGCUGGGGGUGGCAUACAUGGGGAAAUGUGUUAUUUUUCUUUUCUCUGUUUUUCCCCCCCCGUAUCUUCAUACUGCAUAUGUGUUUAAUCUAAUAACUGUCAAUGUUUUAUGGAUUCCAGAGCCAGUUUAUAAGUUUAUCAUUUGUGUUUGGCGUGGAUGGGGGGGGAUAUUCUUGUUUUUGCACGGUUGUGACUGUGGUGUGAGAGAUGGUCCUAACAGGUGUUUCUUGUUGGGAAGGCGGUUAAGGGUUUUAAGAGGACUUUGCGGGGUGAAACGCACCGGCUCCACGCUGGGGUGGACCUCUGGACUGGCCUGUCAUUCCCUGGUCCAUCUGUGACUGAGCAGUGCGUCGCUGGGCCCUUACGUGUCUGAUACCGCGCAUAGUUCCCCGAUGGGUUCACGUUUUCCUGACAUGUAAUUCUCCCACGAGCGAUUAUGGGUAGAGAGAAAAAAAAAUAAGGCAAACGGAUGACAACCAAGACUCCAGAUCAUAGAGGGAGGGCAGCCUCUUGGCGCAGAGCCUCUGUCUUACACCGUUGCUGGGCUGUCUGCCUCCUGAUGCCAUGCAACUACGAUGCAGCGCGGCAGUAAUGUUACCGUGGUCGGCGUGCUCCUCUCAGCCGUGUCCUUAGCUGAAGUCAGUGAGCUCAUUCUCCACUGGCGUCGGGUUCAAGUCGCAUUAAAAUAAAUAGGAGGGGGUGGAAUUUUACUGCUUUUUUAUUUUUGCAUCCCUCCUCGCCACUUGAUUUACCGGGUUGGAAAGGGGUGGCAGGUGCAGGAAAUCAAGCCAAUGUCUAGUUACAUGCCACCAGAAAUCUGAAAGAAUCCGCCAGUGUGAGCAGCGCAGCCAGAAAUCUCAAAGGAGCGGGCCGGUGCGAACACCUUUUUUCCCAUUGCAAAAAAGAGCGAUGGUUGAUGGAAGAUGAUUGGACAGAUAGACUGUGAGGGUCUGUCCCAUGGCUUCAGGAGGAUGGUGGGGGAGGGCAGGGGGUUAGAUUAAGGAAUGUGAUGAGAUGUGAUGCUUAUGCAUCUCCUUGCAUUUAUGGUUCCUUUCAUGUACUGAAUAUGAUUUGUGUCUCUUGAGCAUACAGCUCCUGCGUUUCCCUGAAAUGAACCUCUGUCCUCCUCUCUGUCCUCCUCUCUGUGUCUCUCUCUGUGUCUCUCUCUGUCUCUCUCUCUCUCUCUCUCUGCUCCCACAUGUAGUCUCAUUUUUCUCUUUGAUUCUGUAAAGCUCAGGGAGAUUCAGCAGGUCGUUAUUAUUUUUUUUUCCUUUUUUGUUUUUGUACUUAGACCUCCUUCUCUGUCCUGAGUGCAGAGGUUGUAAAUAAACAUUUUUAAAGUGCG